AUGGCCCUCAAAGACCGCCUCACUACUAUCGUCCGCCCACUCCAGCUCAUCUGGCUAUCCAUCACAUUUCACUACGCCGCUCUCAAAGAAGCACUUCGCAAAGAUGGCCUCGCCGCACUUGCACGUCCUCAACGAAUUCGAGAUGCUGCCACGGCAAACCUCUUCAUCACAACUUCCAACGGCUUUAUCGCCUUUGAAGACACCACCUGUGUCCCCUCCCUCGUCCGCUCCGCUCGAGGCACAAUCCUCGAACUAGGUCCCGGACCAGGCAACCAAAUCCACCGCUACGAUCAAUCUCUCGUAGACUUCAUCUACGCGGUUGACCCCAACCCCAAGUAUAGAGAUGUGAUUGCUGCAAAGGUCAGGAAAGCUGAUCUCGGGGAUAAGUACAACUUCAUCGCGUGUGGCGUUGAAGACAGCGAGCUUUUGAGAGGCGAGGGGGUUGCAGAGGGGAGCUUGGAUACGGUACUGAGUAUUCAGGUGCUGUGCGCGGUGGGGGAUGUGGAUAGCGUGAUGAGGGAGGUGUGGAAGUUGUUGAAGCCGGGGGGGAGCUUUGUGUUUUGGGAGCACGUGAAGAAUAAGGAUAAUGUCACGGCUGUUACACAAGCUUGUUUGAAUCCUGCAUGGAGCGCACUCGUUGGGUGCUGUAUAAAUCGGGAUGUCAAGGCGGCUAUCCUCGCUGCUGGGGAGUGGGAGAACCCUGGUGACAUCGAGGUGGCCGAUGAGCCAUAUUCUGUGUUACCUAGGAUUUCUGGUGUGCUUAGGAAGAAGAUCUGA